AUCUUUACCAAAUCAAUACCCACGUGGCAGAACCAUCCUCACUAUAUAAAUCCACUGAGCCCAGAGAACUUAAAUUAAUACUACAUGGUCUAAAUGGCAUCUGAUGAAGACAACAAGGGUCUUGGCUUUGUCAAGUUUUACCAGUCACUUGCAGAGAAACCAAACACUACUGUUAGGAUUUUCGAUCGAGCUGACUACUACACAGUGCAUGGCAAUGACGCUCUGUUGGCUGCCACUGAAUUCUUCCACACACAUACCGUGAUAAAGCUCUUCGGAGCAGGGAACCACACCUUGCAGUCUGUUAGUCUAAGCAAGGCUCACUUUGAGGCAUUCCUUCGUGACCUGCUCCUAGUGAAGCAGUAUCGUGUUGAGGUGUUUCGCCGUGCCAACAACGAUCAGUCCAGCUGGAAGGUGGAGUUUAAGGCGUCGCCUGGCAACCUGCAGCAGCUGGAGGAGGUGUUGUUUGGAGGUGGUGGAGAAGAGGAAGUGACUUCCACAGUACUGGCCAUUUCCUAUCAGCUGAGGGACGGGCUCAGAAAUAUGGGCGUGGCGUAUUGGGACGUUUCCCGGGUGGAGUUGGGAGUGGCAGAGUUUGUGGACAAUGACCACUUCUCUAACUUAGAGGCCGUGCUGGUACAAUAUGCCCCCAAGGAGUGUGUGGUAGUGGGUGGGGAUGGUAGCUCUGAUGGGACCAAGAUAAGACAGACGCUUCAGCGUAGCAACGUUGUUGUGGUCACUAAGAGAAAGAAAGCUGAGUUUAAGAUUGGUGAUAUUGCUCAGGACUUGGGACGACUACUGAAGCUGGAAGAUGGAGCUACUGCAAACACACUGCCUCAGCUUGCGCUUGAACUGGCAAUGGGUUCCCUCUCUGCACUGAUCAAAUACCUAGAGCUACUUUCCGAUGAGUCUAAUUUCGGGAUGUGUCGUCUGACGAGCUUUGACCUCUCUCAAUACAUGCGUUUGGACAGUACGGCCGUGGUGGCAUUGAACCUUGACCCCCAGCCCAAUGACUCCCGGCUCAUGUACCUCAGCGGACUACUCAACAAGUGCUGCACGUCACAGGGUCAAAGGUUACUGGGGCAGUGGGUCAAGCAGCCACUCUUAGACAAGAACAAAAUAGAUGAGAGACUGGAUCUAGUCGAGUGUUUCUUCUCCGACGCCCACUUGCGAGUCAGCUUGCAACAAGAGCACCUCAAGUGUGUCCCUGAUCUCUUCAGACUAUCCAAGAGACUCCAGCGUGGCAAUGGCUCACUUCAGGACUGUGUACGUAUCUAUCAGGCGGCGAGUCGGUUGCCUCUGCUAAUAUCAGCACUUGAGGAGCAUGAGGGUACACACAGGCAGCUGCUUACUGACGUGUUCAUCACUCCUAUCAAUGAGCUGAGUAGUGAUCUUUCCAAGUUCUGUGAGAUGGUAGAGUCCACGAUAGAUCUGGAUAUGGUGGAGCAUCGGGAAUUUGUCAUCAAGCCAGAUUUUGACGAUGGACUGACUCAACUAAGGCAAGAGAUGGAGGAGUUGGAAUCUAAAAUGAAUUCACAAUGUCGAAAGGCUGCCAAUGAGCUGGGUCUGGAGCCGCUAAAAACCAUUAAACUGGAGAGCAACUCACAGCUGGGACAUUACCUCAGAAUCACGAAAAAGGUGGAUAAGUGUCUCAGGGGACAAUCAAAGUUCAUCACUUUGGAGACGAGGAACGAUGGUACAAAGUUCACGACCUCAUCGCUACGUAGCCUGGGUGAAGACUAUCGUGCCCUCAAGAACCAGUACCAAUCCUUGCAAGCCUCCCUCGCUAGUGAAGUGGCUCAGAUAGCAGCUGGCUACGCUGAGCCUCUCCUCGAGUUGAACCUGAUCCUGUCACGUCUUGAUGUGAUUGUGAGCUUUGCUUGUGUGUCCGCCACUGCUCCCACAUCUUAUGUGCGACCUACCAUCACCAACAGAGGGGAAGGUGACAUAGUUUUGAAGGGAGCCCGACACCCUCUGGUAGAGAUGCAAGAUGAGAUGGCAUUCAUUCCUAAUGACAUCACCCUGCUCAGAGACAAAGACUCCUUCCAGAUCAUCACUGGCCCCAACAUGGGCGGCAAGUCCACCUACAUCAAACAGGCUGGUGUGAUUGUGCUGAUGGCCCAGAUAGGCUGCUUUGUGCCGUGUGAAAGUGCCAGCCUCCCUGUAAUGGAUGCUAUCCUAGCGAGGGUGGGGGCAAGUGACAGUCAGAUGAAGGGCGUGUCCACCUUCAUGGCCGAGAUGUUGGAGUCAGCUAUCAUUCUAAGGACGGCAACCAAGGACUCCCUGGUGAUCAUCGAUGAGUUGGGGCGAGGCACCUCCACAUACGAUGGGUUCGGGUUAGCCUGGGCCAUCUCUCACUAUAUUGCCACUAAAAUCAAAUCGUUUUGCUUAUUUGCUACCCAUUUCCACGAGCUGACAGCACUAGCCGACGAGGUCACCACGGUAACCAAUCGUCAUGUGACGGCCAUCACAGCAGAAGAUACUCUCACGCUGCUUUAUAGAGUUAAGAGUGGUGUGUGUGAUCGAAGUUUUGGUAUCCAUGUGGCAGAGAUGGUGCAGUUCCCUCAAGGCAUUAUCGACGCGGCACGAAAAAAAGCAGAUGAGCUGGAGUUAGCCAUGAACAUAGGAACAGAUGGCGGUGAUGAGGAACCAGCUGCCAAGCGUAGUCGCUCGGAGAGGGUAGAGGGAGAGAGACUAAUACGUCAGUUUGUACUGAAAGCCAAGGAGCUUGUGGAGGGCUCUCUGCCUGAAGCCGAAGUGAAGGCGACAAUGGACGACAUGAAGCGGGAGAUUAGUACCAGCGACAAUGCUUAUGUUAAGGCAGUUAUUCAAUCCUGUGUUUAGUAUAAUUAUUAUCCAACACUCACAUCUGUCAUUCGUUAUUAUCCCUGUAAUGCCCUAAAGUAAUUUUCUUGAGUCACUAUGCUUGAGUCAACACAAGUAUAACUCUUUCAAUCAUUUAUCAACCAUGCAUAUGAAUCACCACCCGUAAUAUGCACAAUAUAAUAAUAUUAUUGAUUUGCCAUUCAUUGUUACCCCUUAUAUUAUAAUUUAUGAUGUAUGCUCACUAAUAGUCAUUUACUUACAAUUAUUGGUUGGUA